AUGAUGGAAGAGGUGUCCAUUUCAGUGGCUUACGAUGACCACAUUAUUAACCAGACAUCUGAGGAAGAAAUCCUGGCUAGUUUGGUGGCUGAAUCUCUGCCAAAACAAGUGGUGCCAUCUAAAAAGCCAAAACUGAGAGAGACCCAAGUAGAACCAGAAGACCCACUUGACAGAUACCAAAGGGAGAAUCAUAGGCUUCAGGAAGCGAGUUUGCGUCUGGAGCAGGAGAACGACAACCUUGCCCACAAGCUGGUCACCAGUAAGAUAGCACUAAGGAACGCCUUAGACCAGGCAGAGGACAAGGUUGACGAACUAACCAAAGAACUUUUGAAAACCAAAGAGCAUCUGAGGCUGACCGAGGACGAAAAGAGAGGAAAAGAUGAGGAGGCAGCACAGCUUAAGGAAGUAUUCAGAAGAGAACUGGACAAAGCAGAGGCAGAGGGCAAGAGGACAAAUGGCAUCAUAGAAGAUUAUAAACAGAUUUGCUCCCAGUUGCACACAAGACUUGAAAAACAGACAGCUGAAAAUACAGAGGAGCUGGGAGUUAUCAAGAGUAAAGUUAUGGAAUGUGAGCAAUGUUGUCACAUCUUUAGUAAAGAGGGUUUAGUGCAGCAACCCUCUGGGUGCACAAGGACCUCUGUCCAGGAUGAGGAAAAGAAUUCUCUCAAAGAACAAGUUGAGCAACUGAAGCGGGAGCUGGCCCAAACAAAGCUGCUAAUGGUUGAGUCCAAAUGCAGGAUUCAGGAACUGGAGCAUCAGAAUGGUGCACUCUUAAAUGACCUCCAGGCUGCCAAGAACUCAUGGCUCAGCAAGACUCUGGGCACGCUCAAGACUGCCACUAGUCAUCUCCAACACUCCUCUUCCAGAGACUCAGUCUACGCUCCCAUACAAAGCUCCAGUUGGCUGAACACCAGGAGGCUUUCAUUGGCUUCAAGGGACAGUGGAAAAGCCCAUGUAUGA